UCAGGUACCUACGCUCUACCCUGAGGCUUUUCGAUACCGGUCUACAUUCGCUCCUUGUCCCCCAGGUUCGUACUUCCGGAACCGCUAUGUCGGAGCUCAAGAACACCGCUUCCAAUCAAAGUGAGGUGCCGAGCGAGCUUGAGAACAGAGCUGGGCAGCAUGGUCAUCAUGCAUCCAAGCUCGAUGCUAUUCAGGAGGAGAACGCCGUUGGCUAUAAGGAGUACCUGGAGGGGCUCGACAUGGAGAUAACUCCCAAGGAGAGCACCCGAGUUCGAUGGAAGAUCGACCUCGUUAUCCUCCCUAUCUUCUUAAUUACCCAAGCGCUUCAGUUUAUGGACAAGACAGCACUUAACUAUGCCAACCUCUUCAACUACCAAAAAGCGCUCGGGUUGAAAGGACAGCAGUUCAACUACCUAUCGGCCAUGGUAUACGCUGGAUACUUCUUCGGGCAAUAUCCUUGCGGAUGGCUGAUAGGACGCUUUCCGGCGCAGCGAGUUCUGGCCAUCAGCUGUCUCCUUUGGGGAGCGAUGGUCUUGAUUCUUACACAAUGCCGGACCUAUUCCUCUGCUCUGGCCGCGCGAUUCAUCAUGGGACUAUUCGAGGCCGCCGUCACUCCUGGAUUGACCCUCAUGACUGGCUUCUGGUAUACCCGGCGGGAGAUUCCUUUGCGCCAGUGCAUUUGGUACAGCUCUUUAGGCUGGGGCGGAAUCGUGGGCUCGUACAUUUCCAUGGGUGUUUCGAAACUCUCGCCGACAAUGAAGCCCGAACGUUGGGAGCUCAUUUUCUUCAUCCUUGGAGGCGUGACGUGCCUGUGGUCUUUUGUCAUCUUCUUCGUGCUUCCGGACGCUCCAUCAAACGCAAGAUUCCUCUCGGAACACGAACGUAUCAUCGCCGUCAAACGGGUUGCUGGCAAUGAGACUGGAAUCAAAAACAAGGCCUUCGACAAGAAGCAAGCCAUCGUCGCUCUCUGGGAUCCUAAGGCUCUGCUUCUCUUCACUUCCGUUUUCGCGGCCGCGAUCCCGAAUGGCGUCGUCAACUCCUUCUCCACCAUCAUCAUCCGCGAUCUGGGCUUCAGUACAACCAAGACCACGGAGCUGAAGAGUGUCGGCGAUGCGGUGCAGAUCAUCGCGCUGUUCAUUGGCGGUGCAAUAACGCUCAAUGUUCCGAACUCGCGUCUCUUGACGGCCACGGCGGCGAAUAUUCUGUGCACGGUAGCUGCCGCCUGCACGGCAUACCUGCCCCGUUCCAACACAUGGGGACGCCUAGUCUCUUUCUGGCUGGUAAAUUCCCAAUCCGUCGGAUUUACUGUGUCCCUAGUGACUAUCUCGUCCAACAUGGCUGGCUACACGCAUCGCGCUAUGGCUAGUGCGAUGGUCUUCACGGCAUACUGCUGGGGGAAUUUUGCAGGCCCCUUUGUUGUCAAGGAAUCCCAGGCGCCAAACUACGGUGGCGCGACGAUUGGUCUCCUUGUCGGAUAUACGAUAAAGCUCGUAUGCCACCUGGCACUGCUCGGCUACCUGUUCUCCAUGAACAGACACCGAGAGAAGAAGUACGGCCCUGCAGACAAGAGGCACAGCGAUGAAGCGGGGAUGCAAGAUUUGACGGAAUUCCAGAACAAGGACUUCAGGUACGUUUUGUGAUGGAUCUGGGGCCGAGCACACAGCGCACGGGGGGCAAUCGGCUUCUGCGAAGGAUG